CUUUUGUGAGUUAUAGCAACCGUUGCCUUGUGAAUCAAGCGCCAUAGUCACCGUAGUCCUGGCGACUGUUACCCAUCAACAACAACUACUCCUCUCCUCCUCCUCCUCCUCUUCCUCCUCCUCCUCCCCACCACCACCAUCUCCAUCACCCACCAACAACACCACAAUAAUCCACAGCCAAGUCCCAGCCCAGUUGAAGAAUAUAGCACAGUUGCAUCACUAAUGAUGGCUCACUCAACUGGGAGCAUCUCUCUGGAGACCAUCAUGCAGACAUCAGAGACUGGGUCGGACACAGGUUCGACAGUGACUUUACAGACAUCUGUGGCUAGUCAAGCAGCAGUGCCUACGCAGGUGGUACAGCAAGUUCCAGUACAACAGCAGGUACAGCAGGUACAGACUGUGCAGCAGGUACAGCAUGUCUAUCCAGCUCAGGUUCAGUAUGUUGAAGGAAGCGAUCCCGUCUAUACCAAUGGAGCGAUCCGAACAACUACUUACCCUUACACAGAAACACAGAUGUACAGCCAAAACACUGGAGGGAAUUACUUUGACACUCAAGGGAGUUCUGCACAGGUGACUACCGUGGUCUCAUCCCAUAGUAUGGUGGGCACUGGUGGGAUCCAGAUGGGCGUCACAGGAGGACAGCUGAUCAGCAGCUCUGGAGGGACCUAUCUGAUUGGCAAUUCAAUGGAGAAUUCCGGUCACUCAGUGACACAUACCACUCGGGCCUCUCCUGCAACGAUUGAAAUGGCGAUUGAGACGCUGCAAAAGUCUGACGGUCUGUCCACUCACAGAAGCUCUCUUCUCAACAGCCAUCUCCAGUGGCUGUUGGACAAUUAUGAGACAGCAGAAGGAGUGAGCCUUCCCAGAAGCACUCUAUACAACCACUACCUACGACACUGUCAGGAACAUAAACUGGACCCAGUCAAUGCUGCUUCUUUUGGAAAACUAAUAAGGUCAAUUUUUAUGGGGCUACGAACCAGGAGAUUGGGAACUAGAGGAAACUCCAAGUACCAUUACUAUGGGAUUCGUGUCAAGCCAGAUUCCCCUCUUAAUCGUCUACAAGAAGACAUGCAGUAUAUGGCUAUGCGACAGCAACCCAUGCAACAGAAACAAAGGUACAAGCCUAUGCAGAAAGUGGAUGGGGUUGCAGAUGGUUUCACAGGAAGUGGUCAACAGACAGGCACAUCUGUUGAGCAAACUGUAAUUGCCCAAAGUCAACAUCAUCAACAGUUUUUAGAUGCAUCUCGAGCACUUCCAGAGUUUGGAGAAGUUGAAAUCUCUUCUCUGCCAGAUGGUACUACCUUUGAGGAUAUCAAGUCACUGCAGAGUCUUUAUCGAGAGCACUGUGAGGCAAUAUUGGAUGUUGUUGUGAAUCUUCAAUUUAGCCUGAUAGAAAAAUUGUGGCAAACAUUCUGGCGCUAUUCUCCCUCUACUCCGACUGAUGGCACUACCAUUACUGAAUCAAGCAAUCUGAGUGAAAUAGAAAGUCGACUUCCGAAAGCAAAGCUGAUAACUCUGUGCAAACAUGAGUCUAUCCUGAAAUGGAUGUGUAACUGUGACCAUGGGAUGUACCAGGCUUUGGUGGAGAUUCUCAUCCCCGACGUGCUUAGACCUAUUCCUAGUGCCUUGACCCAAGCCAUUCGAAAUUUUGCAAAAAGCCUUGAAGGUUGGCUUUCCAAUGCCAUGAACAAUAUUCCACAGAGAAUGAUACAAACCAAGGUUGCCGCUGUAAGUGCCUUUGCCCAGACUCUGCGAAGAUACACGUCGCUCAAUCACCUGGCCCAGGCAGCUCGUGCAGUCCUUCAGAACACGUCUCAGAUCAACCAGAUGCUCAACGACCUCAACCGAGUCGACUUUGCCAAUGUCCAGGAGCAGGCCUCCUGGGUGUGCCAGUGUGAUGACAACAUGGUUCAGAGACUAGAAACAGACUUCAAGAUGACUCUUCAGCAGCAGAGCACCCUGGAGCAGUGGGCUGCGUGGCUUGACAAUGUGAUGAUGCAAGCACUGAAACCCUAUGAAGGAAGACCCAGUUUUCCUAAAGCUGCCAGGCAAUUUCUGCUAAAAUGGUCUUUCUACAGUUCACUUGUUUACCCUAAAAUAACUUAUAAAUGGUCCUUCAGCUUUGGGCAUUUUUUUAUUAUUAGGCUCUUGAAUCAAGAAUAUUAUUUUAUUCUGCUAGUAGUAACUGUUGAACAAAUGACUGUUGUUUUGCAGUUUGGUGAUUUGAAUGCUGUGUCUCCUGGAAAUCUGGAUAAAGAUGAAGGCAGUGAAGUGGAAAGUGAAAUGGAUGAAGAACUAGAUGACUCUUCAGAACCUCAAGCCAAAAGAGAGAAAACUGAGCUGAACCAGGCAUUUCCAGUGGGCUGUAUGCAGCCUGUUCUUGAGAGUGGCGUGCAGCCAAGCCUCCUGAAUCCAAUUCACAGUGAGCACAUCGUCACGAGUACUCAGACUAUCAGACAGUGCAGCGCUACAGGAAAUACCUACACUGCAGUCUAACGAAUAUUAAAGCAUAUUUUUCCAGCUAACAUUAACCCUGUUGAUACUGGGCUUAAGUUGAAAAUUUAAUAAGCCUGAAGGUUGACUGUUGUCAAAUUCUAUCUGUGCUGAACAUUACCUUUUUGGAGUUGUGAAAUGGAAUGGGUGUAUGUAUUUUACCAGGUCUUUUUUUUUUUUAACAUAAAAUAACUAUUUGCCUCUUAAUAAGAAGAGUUUUUUUUUUCCCUUAGUUUCAGGUGUCAAGAAGGAUUUUUACAACACUUAUGUCAAUGUUUUUGUUUUCUUAUAAUUAAAUAGUAAUUUACAUUUUUCGUAGCUUAAAAUAUUCUAUUGUUGAUUGUUAGUCUUGGUGUAUGAUUUCAUGUGUAAGUUUUUAAUUAGAUGCACUUCUGUGAAAUAUCAAAAGAAAUCAAUUUCUUUGAUUUACACUGGAGGCAUGCCCAUUUGGCAGCAGAUGCAUCAAAUUUGCUUUUGAAAGGUGCUUUUCAUUGGGCAGUACCACAAGACACUAUUUUGAUAACAUUUUGGUAUGGAAAGAGAAUACAGAGCAUUUUUAUUAUAGUGCUAGAGGUUGGGAAGGUCAUCUAUUUUUCUCUGAAAAAAAUAUUGCGCUGUGCAUUUAUCAGUUCAGAGUAAAUGACAGAAUUGCAAGAGAUUAUGCUAAUAUGUACAUAAUUUGUGUACAUAAUUAUUAAACCAUGUUAAUGCAAACUUCCGUUAAACAUUGAAUUUUAACUCUUAUUUGCAUACCAAUUCCUCUGUUUAAAGACUACUGAUUCUGUAUUUGGGACCACUGCACAGAUGCAUUCUGCUGUUGAGUGGGGCUGUUAUAGUUAGAUACUGAAGCUGAAAAAAAUGACUUGACUUUUUUUUUUUAAGUGUACAUGCUACUUAUGCUGAACUGGACAUACAGGAAACCAUUCCAUUUGGAUGACUUUCUUUUAUUCCAGGUCUUUUUCCUAAUAGUAGUUCAAUAUGCUGCUAUUAUAAAAGAAAAUUUAUAGAAUGCAAGGAAUGUAGCAACCUGCAUAUCAUUAUUUCCUUCAAAAAUAUUUCCUGGUUUCUAAAGUAUGUGGAUUUAAAUUUUAAACAGAACCUGAAGGCAGUGUAACUGGCACACCACACUGUUGCUUAUCCCCAGUUCUGUAGGAUUUGGAUAGGUGGCUGGGUGGACCAGUGCCAUUGAAGAAUGUACAUCAGGGAUCACCGUACCUCGGCUAUUACAUGGUGCCUUAAAACAGAACUGAAGCUAAGGUUUAGUAAGGCUUAUUCUGUUCAUGUGAAUUCCUCUUCAAUCCAUUUGACAAGGUGUGCCUGUCAUUUUCAGAUUCCUGAAGUAAGGACAGGUUACAUGUUCUUCAAAGGAAAUUUAGGGCAAACAAAGCAAAACAAACAGACAAAAAUCAAUUCUCUUCUUUGAGUGACCAUGAACGUAAUUUUUGUUCUUAGAACUGAGUAUUACUUGAUUACAAACCAGAUUGCUUAAGGGUGGGAAUAGCAGGCUAGUUUUAAUUACCAACUUGUUACCUAAAAUAAUAUAUGUUUUAGAUCAUUUUUAUCUAGUUAUACUUUAAGAAAGUUAACAAAAUAAGCAGGUACUUAUUGAAGUGCAUCUUUUCAGUCUAAGUGUUUGUGUGUCUCGGCAUAUGUGUGUCCACAUGCACACGCAUGUGCCUGUGGGCAGAAGUCAGCUACAAAGUCAGAAGGUGAGAUCCUAGAGAGGAUACACUCAUCCCCAUAUUAAUUUAUGUGAAAAGCCAAGGUUCUUUUAAGCAUUCAAAUUAUUAACAAACAAACAGGCACAUCCAUUCAUUUAAAUAGCUGUAAAAAAGCUAAUCAGCAAAAAUAAAUGAAUACUUAAAGCCAAAAAAAAAGGGAAAGCACAAAAUUAUUUACAGAUUAUUAAUGAGGCCUAUAUUAAACUCAAGAUAUUUAUCUUUCCAGUUUUAUUGGGGUGGGGGGAGGGCGGGGGUGGAAGAAAGUGAGCCACUCUGUAAAGUUAAAAAUACCAAAUGGCUUAUCGGGUAAUGUGCAGUAUGUUCCCAGCUGCUGUUGCUCGAUUGCCUUAGACUACUCAAAUAACGGAGAUCAACAAAGCUUCUGAAGUAACUUUAAAUGGUUUUCAGUGUAAUUUUUUAAACUGCUUCCAAUUUUGUAUUAUAUGACUCACUCAUGUAUUUGAAAGUCUUCACUAGCAUCUCAGCAUCCACUUCAUCUAAAAUUCAUUUAUAUGAUCAUCUUGUUUUUUUCUCCCAAAAAGGCAAUGAAUUUGCACCAUCACACACACACAAAGGCAAACAAAACACCUUAAGCUGCAAAGACCCUAUAUCUACAUCAUUGCACAUUAGGAAAUGUUUACAGAUACAAUUAGAUUUUUAAAAAUGAAAAAAAAACACCACUCUUCAUUCGACUCUCCUUUCUGAAUUUUUUUCCCUUUCCUACCCCAGUCCACCAUCCGCUGAACUAUACUGUAUCUGUAUUGGACCUAACGUAUUUACAGGUUUCAUCUUGUUGAUUGAGUGAUUUUAAAUGUGUAUAUUAUCAUUGUUUAAUUUAAUGUUGGUAUAUUUGUGUCCUUAGAGGAAUCUGCUAAUAAUGGGCAAAUUUAGAUUGAUGAAAGUUAGGGACUGGGGACCCUCCAGGAUUCAACAUUUCUUCCAAUUGUUCAUGGUUUGUUCUACAUUAAGACAGAUUAAGAAUUAAUAAAUACUCCUUUUCAACUUCACUCACUAAAAAUAUCCCAAUCACCUUUAUGAACACAGUUAGGAAGAUUAAUUCUUUGUGACUAGGGUACGUAGUUCUGACCAGUAGACGAAAUAGCAUCUACAAUCUGCUACUUCCACUUAUUUGUAAUCCACAGUAAGACACACACACUUAUACAGUCACACACAAACAUCUUGAGCAAUUUUGGAUUUGAGUUGUGAAAUACAUUAGAAAAUAAAAACAUCAUAUUUUAUACAUUUGGGAAAAUUGGAGCAGUCAUAUCUAUUGAACAUUUUAUUUCCAUUGUUUUCAUUCAUUCAAACUGACUUUCUAAAUAAUAUAGACAUCAAUAUUCUCAGAGUAGAUUUAUUAACAAGUGUCAAGUACACAUGCGAAGGACUUCGUAUUUCUUGACAUUGUAAUCACUUGUUAUGAAAAAUAUUUAUACACACAAAGUGUUACAUAAAACUUUCAGUGAGGAAAAAUGUAAAGAAUGUAUGUUGGCUGUUUUUAAGUUUCAAGAAAGAUAUUUCUAUAAUAGGGUUGAGUAUCAUGGGUAUAGUUUCAUCUUCACAAAUAGUUUGAGAAUUAUACACAAAAUAUUUGAAUUUUUGAAGCCAAUGAACAAUAGGGUGAAAUGGAUGAAUUGUCUCCUUGGAACACGGGGCCCAAUUUUUAAAAUUUUCUUUGGUUAUCAAGAAGCUGGUUAUUUUUUCACGAUUGUCAUCCAAACUAUGUUUGGACAGACUGUAUAAGUCUUACUGCCUUUUCAGAAAUCUGCUUUCUUUUUUGUGCUUUUUCUUGUACUGUAUAGCACGGUUCAUGCACCUCUCUUUAGAUGGUGUACUUUAAAAACAAAAGUAAAUUUUAGAAAAUGGUUUUUAACACUGCAUACCUAAAAUUAGUAGUGUGCAACAUUGACUGCCUUUGAUUUAUAGUAGACAAGUAAAAAUGAACACGUUCUUGUAGAAUGCUGUCAAAGUCAUUCAGGAAUGAAUACAGUUCCAUUAUCAUAAUCACGAACCUUUUUAUAUGAAUGCACUCUCUGGAAGUGCUAAGUGUGAUGCAUUUUCAAAUUUUAAAAAUUUUAGAUGAUAUAUUUGAAAUGUCUAAAAUAAUGCUGUGCUUGAAACAUCAGUGUAAAAGAAAAAAAAUGUGUGUCACUGUGAUGUUGGUCCUCCCUGUGUGGACACAAGUAGAAAGUCAAAAACUUUGGCAAGUCACCUUCCUGUACAAUUUGAGGCAAUGGUUAUAUACAACAAAUUGACUUUUGUUAUAACCUCCUUUCCCCCAAAUUCUUGGCGAAAAACUAACAACCAUCAAAGAACUGAAAUCAGAACUUGUGUUUUGUAUGAAACACCAGAAGCCAGGGGAGAGGAGUGCUGACGUGCAGUGCUGUUGAAAAUUGGGCUUGUCACUAGAUCAGAUCAACCUCCAUGUAUAUGGUUAGAACAAAUCAAUGAAUGGAAUUCUAGUAUUUCUGCAAGUUUGGUGAUUUUUUUAAAAACUGGAAUAGAAGCAUUAAUUCAGUGCUUAGUUCUAGUAUUAGAAAACCCCUUUGAUGUAAUGCCUUGUAUUAACCCUUUGAGCAUUGUAAGAUAUACAAUGGGGGACAAAAGCCUUUCAGAUCAUUUAUUUAGACUUAGACCGGUAAAAUAUACUCUAUAUCCAAAUGUCUAAUUAUGCUGUUUUUUUUUAAGGGGGGGUAGGAAGAGAAAGUGUUUCCACGCUGAACACUUGCGUUUUAUAUACAACUCUUAAUUUUCUUCAAGAGGGCUUGAUAUAUUUAUUCCCAAAUAUUCACUGCCAUCUAAGUAAGUGUACUGUUUACAGAAAAAAAAAUCAACUUUUCUAGCAUCACAUCAUGACUCUAGAAAAGGAAGACAAAUACAUGGGCCUGUAGACCUAUGUCAGAACUGAUCUCUGCACACUGAAAGUACCUAGAUUGCCUUUAAAAGGUAUGAUAAAGAAAGGGUUGCAUUUCUUUUUUUUUUUUUUUUCCAAAACAAAACAAAAGAUCUCAUUUAUUUAGCUGGACAGUUGUAAGUGAAGCCUUAGGAAGAAAUGAGUUCGAGCUGAUAAAGAAAAGCUGAACUCUGUGGGGGCAGGUAAGCAAUUUAGAGUUCCAUCUCUCAUAAAAUACCAUUUGGGAAUUUCAUACAGGGCAUAAUUUUAUCUAUGCUCCAAAACUUUAACACUUUGUCGAAAAAUUAUGUAUAGAUAGAAUGGAGAGCAAAGCACUUGAUUUUAAGCUCAUCUGUCGAGAUGCCAGGACUACUGCUUUUGGGAUCUGUAAAUGCCAGUGUGCUUACACUAUUGCUGAUUUUGUUCAAGGGACGCUGUCUGCGUGCACUUGACUCCCUUUGUCCCCUGCAUGAAGGAACACAAGAGCAGUGUCCUCUGCAGGCGUGCUGGCACUGCCCCAGCCGGCGCAAGUAAGAGUGUAACCUAUUCCUAUGUCUGGUGGAAGGACAUCCAUAGCAUAGUGCGAGUUUGCCGUAAACAUUGCUUUUUUUAGGCAGUUUAGGAAGUCAAACCAUGCAAAUUACUCAUGUGUUAACAUGCAAUACUCAAAGGGUUUUAAUUUAACUCUCUUCUUUUGAAUUCUUCACGAUGAUUUACUGUAAAUGCUUCUCAGUUUGCAUGCUCUGAUCAUUGCUGCUAGUGAUUUUAUGUGCCAGUAGACCUGAGUUUAGUUUACCAAUUUUACUUAAAUAGUAAAAGCCACUUACAAAGUGACUGCCUAGGGUUUUUUUUUCUUUUGUUUGAAGUAACCAGUAAUAUGUCUUCUUUUACAAACUGUGUUUUGUCUCUUUUAUUUGGUUCUUAUACUUAAUUCUUUUUUUUCCCCUCUUUGUUUUUAAAAUAAAUUAUGAUGUUGGGAUUGGAAGCCCUGAGUAAUGAAAUCUUUGGUAAGAAUUGUAUUAUGUAGCCCAAUAAUGAGGACAACAAAUGUUUGUUCAAAGAAUUAUGAUUCCGGGGAGGAAAGAAACAAAAUCUCCCAUUGACUGUUGAUAACCAAGUAAAUUUUUCCUUUAAGGAAUUAAUAGUUUGAACAAAUGAUUGCCUUGUUUCAACCUGCUAAACACAAUUUUAAACGAUCCAGUAAAGGAGGUAUUGAAUUCAUUCGUUUAAAAAGCAUCUUUUGUACCAAAGCAAAUUUUUUUCUCUACUCAUCUCCAUCAUUGAUUGGGACCUAUGGUGGUGAGCAGUGCAUCGGUUACAGAAACUUUAAGUGAGUGCCUUGAGAAAACUUGGAAAUUUGUGCCUGGAGUGGUAAACUUUUAAUUAGGUUAAUUGUAGUGCUUACCAAUCAGUAAUUCUACUAUCACUCAGGGCUUUCGUACCUUCUAGGUAAAACUUCUUUCAUUGUGUUUUUUUAAAAUACUGUAUUUUUUUUUAAGUGCCAUCAUUUAAAUUUCACUUAGUAAGUGGCAGAUUACAUUAUUCAGUCCCACAAGCACAGAAACAUAGAAACACUAGGAGAUAUUUGAACAUUUAUUUUACAAUCGACUGAAUAUAUUAUGUAAAUGAGGUAAGCAACUUUUGUAGAGAUUGUAUGUGUGAGAUAAUGUAAUGUUCUUUUCCAGUUUUUGGACUACAGUUGAAUAAACUUUUUAAUUAUUUAAAAACAUCUUUACCGAAUAACAUGUGAUGGUUUUUUGUAUAAUGUAUUUGAUUUUGUAAAUACGUAUUUCCUGAUGUGAUUUUUGUGAGAAAUGCUAAAUCUUUUAGUAUAUCAUGUCCUCUCAAAAUUGGCAGGAGCUAAAUAAUAGUUUGUGGGCGAUUUGUAUUGUGUACUGUACAAUAACUGGGGAACUUUUAUAAUUAUAAAAAUAUAUAUUAACUUUUAGUGUGUUGUUUAAACAAAUGACUGGAACAUACUAAAGAUAUUAGUAGGAUUUUUCUGAAUAUUUCAGACUUGAACUCAGGCUAGCUUUCUUGUGUUUUUCAAAACAAAAUGGUGUCUUGUCUUUUAAAAUCAAUAAAUUUGUUUCCUUGUUACAAAUA